AUGGGAUUCCGCUGCAUUGGAGAACGGUGGCCUGGUAUGGUGUGGGUGCCUUAUGCCACACGGCGAGAGGAGUUCUCUCUUGAAAGUGACCCAUUGAAUGUUCGUGCCUCGGGGGCUAGUCUCGAUGCCCGACAAGUUGGGAAAACGUUGCCUAAUUACUUGUUUUGGCCGAGGAUGAUGACGUCGAAGAGGGACAUUUGGAGGACAUGGUCCGUUGCGGGGAUUGGGCGGCGACCAGGAACAUCAGUUUGA